AUGAAGAUCCCUUUUAUUGUUCUUGUGGUUACAAUUAUAUAUAGUUGUUCAGUUUAUGGAAGAACUUCCUUCGAUACACGAGGUGAUGAAGUGGUAAUUAGACAAAUAGAUAAUAAGUCUAAGUCCUCAGAACUCGAUCAGCAAACAAAAGAUGACUAUAAUAACUUUGAGGACAUGGUUAAGAAUACAGCGACUAUGGUUGGGGAAACUCAAGCUGCUAUUGAAGAUACUAAAAAAGGUAUUGAGGAUACGAAUGGCGCCAUUGCUGUUUUAAAAAGGGAGAUUUAUGAAGCUGAACAAAAAAGCAAGGCCUUGCGUGAAGACAUGAAUAAAAACAACGCUAAUUCAGCAGUCCUUCAGAAAAAGAUGGAUAACGCAGCUAAAGAGGUCAAAGAUCUAGAGGACCGACUAAAUAAGCUUAAUUCGGACAUAGAUACAGCCGAAAAAAUGCAAGAAGAUACUGGAAAAAAAACUAUCGAUGACGAAAACGGUAUAAAAGAUAACAAUGAUAUGAUAAAGAAGAACAAAAAUAAAAUCAAAAAGUUCCAGGAAAGGCUUAAUACACUUAAAGGAGUCCUGCAAAAACAUUUAGAUGACCUACAAAAAGGAAAGGAUGGCCUUGAGCUUCUUGAAAGAAGUGUCCGAAAAACGGCUCAAGAAGCUUUCACAACUAUUGCAGACAAAACCACUGAAGAGGCUAGUAAAAAGAAGUAUACUCCACCAGAAGAGAAUACAAAAAAGGUUGUCGUACUUAAUAUGGAUGUGGAAGAUAUUAAAGCCGUUGUGCUUGUCGUUCACGGGUUAGGGGAACACUUUGGCAGAUAUGCCAAUUUUUUUGGUCACGAACUAAUCAAAAGUCGGAUUGGGAUUGCCGGCUUUGACCUGCCUGGACAUGGCGCAAAUGCAAAGAACGUAGGCUAUGUCGGCAAAUCUGGAUUUAAAGGCUUGUUUGGUGCAAUCAAUAAUGCCAUUUUUGCACUUAAAGAACAUCUUCCAGCGAUUCCAAUCAUCUUGGUAACAUUCUGGCUUUCCAACCGAUAG